UGGGAGCCUCUCGCGGCGUCGCCAUCUUCUCUUUCUCUUCCCUUGCUUGUAAUCCAUUCAUGGCCGCUCCCAUUUUCACUGAUCGGAGCUCACGAAUUGUCUUUGUUUAAUGCAUUUCUCAUUCUUCGGAUCUCUGUUGUCAGGAAUGGGAAUGCCAAAUCUUCGGUAGCUCGAUCUGUCGGGCAGGUUAGGUCAAGAUCCAUCGGGCUGGUGGAUCAGCAACGGAGGAGCUUAUCGGAAGUCUCCCAGCUCCACUAGUGCUGUUUAUUUAGGGGAUUUCUAGCUCGCCUGCUCCCCGACCUCUGGUUUAUCCGCACUUAUACUUCUGCUUAAAUAAGGUUGUAACUCAAAAGUGAGGAUGAUGAUGCGAAGACUGGCUUGCUGUCGUCGCAGAACCAAAGACUUUAGCAUUGACCUGGAUGAGCAUGACAGCAAUAUUGCAGGGGUAAUGACCUACAGUGGACUUGAGAGCUGCAUCCUAAACAGCUGCUCUUAUGACAAUGAGAGUGGCGGCAGCGGCAUGAGCAGAAGCGAUGGCUGUGCUGUGACAGAUUCAUUGGAUGAAGACUGUGCAAGCUGUUCCUCUAGCAAAGAGACCUUGAGCUCUUCUUUCUCCUCCUUAUGCCUAGUAUCCAGAAAGCAUGAAGAAGAUCAUUUGCUUGAUGAGUUGGAGACCAUUCAAAAUCGCAGCAAAGGAAAAGUACCAAUUACUUACUCCAUGCACCAUCUAGAUGUUCAGACCAUGAAGGACAGAUUUGCAAAAUUGUUGCUUGGAGAAGAUACUUCUGGAGGCACCAAGGGAAUUAGCGCUGCUCUUGCACUCUCCAAUGCUAUCACAAGUCUGUCGGUAUCUGUAUUUGGUGAGCUCUGGAAACUGGAACCUUUGCCUGACGAAAGAAAGAACAGAUGGCGCAGAGAAAUGGACUGGUUGCUUUCUCCAACCAACUAUAUGGUGGAGUUAGUGCCUGCAAAGCAACUUGGGUCCAGUGGUGGGAUGCUAGAGAUUAUGACUCCCAAAACUCGGUCAGACAUCCAUGUGAAUCUUCCUGCUCUUCAAAAACUAGAUUCCAUACUUAUUGAUGUUUUAGAUUCAAUGGUGGAGACAGAGUUUUGGUAUGUUGAAGGGGGUAGCAGGGGUGAUGACCGAAGUAGCAGUGGCAACAGAACUAGCAAAAGGUGGUGGCUUCCUUCACCGAGGGUUCCAGAUUAUGGGCUUUCUCCUACUCUGAGGAAAAGGCUUAGUAUUCGUGCAAAACUUGUGAAUCAGGUUCUAAAGGCUGCCAAAUCUAUUAAUGAACAAGUAUUACUUCAAAUGCCCAUACCUCAAGCUAUAACAGACGCCCUUCCAAAGUCGGGGAGGGCAAGCUUGGGGGAAGAGAUCUACCGAUGUAUUACUGCAGUACCCUACUCCAUUGAGGAAACUUUACUUUCUAUGAAUUUAAAAAGCGAACAUGCUGUUCUUGAAGCCUUGAACCGGUUAGAAGGUGCCCUUUUUUCCUGGAAGCAGAGGAUUUCUGAUGAGGAAAUUAAAAGAUCACCAAUUCGUUAUCCCUGGUACUUUGCAAGGGAUGGUGGAUCUGUUGCUGGAAGGAUUCAGGCCUGGAUGGAAAGAGCAGACAUGCUUGUGAGACUACUCAAGAACAGAUUCCCAAACCUGCCACAAACCUUCAUAGAAGUUACCAAGAUUCAAUAUAACAAGGAUGUGGGGCACUCCAUAUUAGAGGCUUAUUCGAAGGUUAUUGUGAACCUAGCAUUCAGCAUACUCUCCAGAAUAGGAGAUAUCCUUCAAGAGGAUGAUUUGAAGAAGCCACCCACUCCAAUUUCAACACUCAAGUUUGAUUUCUUCUCUGAUGCCUAUCUUGCUGGCUUCAAGGAGACUCCACCUGGAAGGAACUUUGAGAGCACCAAGGUAGGCAAGAAAGCUGAACUGUAACCGCAAAUAAUCAUCAGGUAGCAGAGCUUUCUCGCACAGAAGCUAAGCUCAUGUAUGUAUUAUUGACUUGUGAGCAUUUGAUUAUUGAUAUGUACUUUUGAUCAUAUUUAUAUAUAUGAUAAUAUCUCUCUAUCUUCAACGGUCAAAA